CCAACUUAGACUGUGCACUACUUCCGUAGCUUGAUUUCGUCGAAAUGAUCUGAAAUUGCUGUUGAUCGUGUUUGACAAGCAUGCCUGCAAGACACAGAAAGUGCAAGUGGUCACUGAGAAGUAUAAAAAUUGUCAAGAUUUACAAAUACAGUGUGUAUCGUAAACAUUCACAGAGGACAACACUCAAUUUAGGUUUGACUCUGCAUCGGUUGGGAUAUUUUACUUGUGACAAAUGCAAAAAGUCAUUUGGGCAGAAAGCCAGUCUUCUUGUGCACAGACGGAGACACUCUAAUGCAAAACCCUACAAAUGUGUUAAAUGUGACAAAAGGUUCAUCACACAAGCUGGUUUAGUCAUCCACAAAACAAGUCAUGAAGUAAGGCAGGUUAAGACUGAACAGAAAAACGUUGUAAGUCGGUUUCUAAGAGGACAAAGAAGUCACAAGUCCAGACGAGUGCUGGUCAUUACUCAUGAUUCUGCAGGACGAGAAAGUUCAACAGAAUUAUUUGGCAAGAAUACAACAAAAUCAAAUAAAAUCUGUCCAGCUAGAAAAGAUUCAUCUAAUAAUAAAUUUGCUCACACACAUGUGAAGAAUAAAAAAACUGAAAUGGUGAAAGAUUCCAACAGCCCGAGUAAAAACAGUAAGGCAGAUACCAAACAAAACACCCCCAAACGCAGAUGGCUUAAGAAGCAACUAAAAGAUACUACCAAAACAGAAUCUUCUCUGCAAAUAAGCUGUGAUGAUGACGUGGAUGAUGAAGAUAGUACUGAUGGUUUGUCAGUGGUGAACAAUCAGUCCAAAGUUAUGUCACAUACUGUAGACUUGGAGAAAAGGAUGGUGACCAGGUCGUUAGGGAAAAGGAAACCUCCAUCGACCAAUAACAGACGUGGUAGAAAACACAAGGUAGUGAAAUCGAGAACUAAAACAAUUGUGAACAACAGUAAGAAAGAGGAUGCAUCUGCAGUUGAAGAUGAAUUCAGUGACAGUCAGGAAGAUGAGGUCAAGAAGGAAGGCAAGGUCAAGAAAGCACGUUUAAAACGAGUCUCGAAGAACCAGGCAGACUCGGCCAAGACGUCAAGGAUAUACCAGUGUGAUGUUUGUAGUAAGAUGUGCUACGACUCUUCACAGCUGAGAAGUCAUCGUCGCCUUCACACUGGUGAAAAACCCUUUGUUUGCAAUAUCUGCAACAAAAGCUUCAGAAUGAAUGCCUGUCUGAAUGUUCACAUGAGGGUGCAUACUGGAGAGAAGCCUUACCAUUGCAGCACGUGUUCAAAAGACUUUAGGUAUCAAAACACAUUCAACAAGCAUUUAGCCACACACCAGAUCGAUGUGGAGAAACAAGUUAAGUGUAAGAUUUGCGACAGACUGUUCAUGACUCGUGAAAGCCUGUGGGAUCACAAGCAAAAACUUCGUAAAUGUGACAUAUGUGCACAGUUGUUCUGUUCCUUUUCUGCGCUCAACAUUCACAAACACAAAAACCAUGUAGAUUCAUUUUCUGUGAGUGCGGCAGAUGGAAAGUACUGUCAGUUUUGCACUAAAACAUUCAACUCAAACUAUACCUACUUCGUCCAUAUGCAGAAACAUGCUCGAAAGGGUAUGCCAAUAAAAUUUCCAUGUCCAAUAUGUUCGGAAUCGUUUGAUACCUAUGACGCUUUACGCAGUCAUAGAAAAUCACACUCGGUUAAACGUGAUAAAUGCGUUACCUGCCCAUGGUCUCACUGUGGCAAAAAGUUAACAAGUCAGACCAGGCUUGACUCGCAUCUUAAAAGACAUGGUGACACUCAGUACCUUUGUCACAGAUGUGGCAUGAAUUUCACCGACUGUGUGUUUUACCUUAAACACAGGAGAGCAUGUUACCAGAGAAUCACCAAAUAUGCCUGUCCCAUAUGUAGUAAAAUCCUCAGUGGUCACUCGUCUUUGCAGAAGCACCUUUUGUCUCACAAAGGUGAAAAACCAUGCCAGUGCGAGAUAUGUGGUGCUCGAUUCAACAACAGUUCGCAUCUUAAGCGACACAAGAGGAUUCACGUUAGGAAAGGAGAAAUGCCGCCAUUCGAUGAUGCCACCGCUCGAGGAUCCCAACAAAUUGAAUCGAUCUUUUGUUAUCCUGAUGAAACGCACAGCCAAGAUUUCGCUGAAUAUACUGUUGAAAUUGGGAAUGAACAGGUAGUGGCGUAUUUCAUUGAUAAGGAAACCGAGCAAGUAGAACUGAAGACAGAAAUACUGUGUGCAACAGAAAAUGUUGCUAAAGCACUGGAGUAGGCAAACUCUGUGUGUUAAUCUAGAAGCAGACUUUGGCGACAUCUUAGUGGUGCUUAAUAAUACAGGGAUGGGGUUUUUUUUAUAAUGAGGGGAAAGGUUUGUAGCGAAACGGAGGUUUUUUCCCUCAAGUUACAAAAGUUGCUUUAAAACCUAAUUGAUUUUUAAAAAUGGUUUACAAAUGUCUAAUAUGCCAUUCUUUUUUACAUAAAUGAUAUGGAUGUUUCAGAAAGGAUAAUUAUGCGCGUGCUAUUUUAUAGACCCCCCCCCCCCCCCCCCCCCCCCCCCCGAAUUGCGCUGUACAUAAUUAUGUACAUAGAUAUGUUACUAGAAUAUGUCUUGGGUGAAAGCUAUUAGAUAAAAAUAUACUGCUACAUGUUAAUUUAGUGUUGUUGGUUGUUUUUGUGUUUUUAUUUCUAUAUAUUUCGUUUUAAUAGUAAUUUGCUGAUAUGAAAAAAAUGUUGUUUUGUGUUUUAAUCAUGGAUUCACCAUGUGUAAGAUAUGCGUAUAAUUCACGUCAUGUUCAAAUUAUUUGUAUUGAUAUUCUCUUUACUGAUCAAUAAAUAAUAUUCAGUAUCA